UCUGGUCUGGUGUCCCGUGAAAACCCAGAGCAGCUGAUCAUCGCCUUAGAACCCGAGGCAGCGUCGAUCUACUGCCGCAAGCUCCGCCUCCACCAGAUGGUGGACCUUGGCACCCAGAACACCCAGAACGGCUUUAGUCCCACUGAAAACGCAGGGAGUGCAAUGAGCCAAGCUAAGGAGCAUGUGCGGCGCAACCGGCAGAGCCGCACGUUUUUGGUGGAAAAUGUCGUAGGAGAGCUUUGGUCGGAGCUGGAAGAAGGUGAUCGUUACGUCGUAGUGGACUGUGGUGGAGGAACUGUGGACCUGACUGUUCAUCAGAUCCGUCUUCCAGAGGGACAUUUAAAGGAGCUCUACAAGGCCUCGGGCGGCCCCUACGGCUCCAUCGGGAUCGACUAUGAGUUUGAGAAGCUGCUGUGUAAGAUCUUUGGUCAGGAUUUCAUCGACACAUUUAAGAUCAAGCGGCCGGCCGCCUGGGUGGACCUGAUGAUUGCGUUUGAGUCGCGGAAGAGAGCGGCAGCCCCCGAACGCACCAACCCCCUCAAUAUAAACCUGCCGUUCUCCUUCAUCGACUACUAUAAGAAGUUUCGAGGCCACAGUGUGGAGCACGCCCUGCGCAAGAGCAAGUGA